AUGGUAAACAAGUCCUUCGAGACAAUUGGAAUUCAAAACCAAAUUAUUUUUAUUAUCAAAAAAGUUUAUGAUGGUGAGUGAUCACGCAGACAACCAUGACGCUGAAAACGGAAAGACUGUGCAACUCAACGUUAUAGAAGAGAGCGACGAUUUUAAAGUUUCAGGUUGGGGACAUCGGCACCAGCAAUGCCUUAUUCUCUUCUUUUGUCUACUCACCGCGCUCAGCAUGCGGUCUUGCAUGGGCGUGGCGCUAGUGGACAUGGUGAACAAUACCACGAUACCUUUAGCUGAUACAGUAGCUUCCCUUAACAAUACUCAUGUGGGGUUGCUACAUAAUGAGAAUAGAAGUGCCCUUAACGAUUCUUUGAGUGGAGAAAAUAAAACUAGAAGUUACGUUGAAGCUGGUCUACAUGCCCUUCUUUUCAUACCCCCGUACCCCAAAUUCCAAUGGACUAAAAAGAUUCAGGACGUAGUGACGUCCUCGUUCUUCUGGGGCUACAUGCUGCUGCAGAUACCGGGGGGUCAGCUGGCGCACCGCUUCGGGGCCCGAUACCUACUGACCGGCGCUCUACUGAUCAACGCCGUCAUGUGCUUCAGCGUGCCCUGGGCUGCGUAUUAUGGCGGUUGGAUAUUCCUAGCGAUAGUCAGAAUGGUGCAAGGCUUGACGCAAGCGUGCUUGUUGCCAGGAGUUCAUACGAUAUUGGCUAAAUGGGCGCCCUUGGAAGAGAGAGGUCGGCUGGCUGGAUGGGCUUACGGAGGUUCAGUCCUCGGUGCAGUGCUAGGACUGACGAUAACUGGGUUCAUCGCCGCGUCGCCGCUGGGCUGGCCCGGUAUAUUCCGCUUCUACGGCAUCGUCUCGGCCGUCGUCGGCAGUGUGAUGUGGAUCUUCGGGGCCGACACUCCCGCGCAACACAAACGCAUAUCCGCAGCUGAGAAGCGAUAUAUUGAGGAGAGGAUAGGCGUGAGCAAAGGGAAGAAACGCUCAAUCCCCUGGUCUAAGAUCAUCCAGUCCCGUGGCGUGUGGGCCAUCGUGGCCGCCCACGUGGGCUCGGCAUGGGGGCAGCUCACCUUCUACACCGAAGUGCCGGCCUUCAUGGACAAAGUCAUGGGCGUCAAUAUAAAAGCAAACGGAGUACUAACGGCGUUGCCCUACCUCCUGAUGUGGUUCGCGAACUUCUUCUACACCUGGUUCUCUGACAUGCUGAUAGUGAAGAAAAUCCUCAAUGUGGCCCGCACGAGGAAAUUGGCUAACUCUUUUGGAAGCUUCCUCCCAGCCGUGGGUCUGGUGGUGCUGGCCUACGUGCCCAAGAACAUCUACGUGGUGGAAGCGGUGCUCAUCGUGCUCUGCGUCUGCAAGGUGGCUUCCAACGUCGGCUUCCAUAUAAACCACAUCGACAUCUCGACCAACUUUUCUGGCACUUUGAUCGGCAUCAGCAACUUCGCAGCCAACGCGUUCGGCUCCCUCGCUCCGAUCGUUGCUGGCUUCAUUCUGACCGAUGUGACAAGUGAGUAUCUCUGGAGGCAGGUUUUCUUCGUGUCUGCCGCUAUGUACACCGUCACAAACCUGGUCUACGUCGCGCUCGGAGAAGGAGAGAAGGCUGACUGGGACAACCUUCCAGAUGAUGAGAAUGAGACAAAAGAUGAUGAUAAAGAAAUCGAGCCUAUGAUUAAGGAAAAUCAAACUACUCUCCAACAAUAAUAUUAGCUAGAUAGAAUGUCUGUUCAUUUUAUUAAUUUAAAUUAUGGUAUUAUGUAUUUUGUAGGAUAUUUGCCAUAUCUUUCAAAUAUGACUAAUAUUUUCGUUGCCCUCAAACUAGUCUAGUCUAGUCUAGUGAAGCUAUAUGGCUUUAGUUAUACUAGUUACAACUUUUAGUAAUAAGAAAAUAAUAAUCUAGUUUUUCUUU